AUGAAGUUAAUAUUCGGCAUACUCUUCAUAUGGAGCAUCAUUCAUACAGGCCAAGCCAAAAAGAUUGCCUAUUUUACCCAUAUUGAAUGCCCUACUCCACUGUCGGACCAAGUUUAUGACUAUACCUGCUCCUUGGUGAAAAAUGCCGAAGGUAUUCCCCUACUGAAUGUCUCCUUUAAAUUGAAGGAAGACACCAGCAACAUAACCAUGCACUUCAAAGUGAGAGCCAAAUAUGGAGAAAAACCCGAAGAGACUGUACUAGUGUUCGAUCUGAAUGUUUGCGAUGCCUUGGGAGCAGCUCAUGAGCAUUACUUUUUGAAAAUGAUUUUCAAUGAAUUGCGUCGAGUUAGUAAUCUGCCCAGUGAUUGUCCUUUAAAGAAGGAUUUCGCCUACAACAUUCACGGCUAUACCAUUGACUCAUCUGCUCUGCCCACCUAUUUGCCUGAGUUAAGUUGGACAGUUUUGUCACACUUCAAUAUUAGCCAGCAGACAGUGGCAACCUUCAAUUCUCAUGGAAAACUUUCGGAGAAAAUAGAGCUCUAA